AUGGAGCUCCUCGAUUUACCCCCCGAACUGCUCCUGGAUAUCUGGGAUCUGUUCGAAACAACAACCGACAUGAACGCCCUGGUCCAAACAUGCCAUUACUUCUACGACAAGUUUAAUGAAUCUCUUUACAACUAUAUUAUCUACACAGAAGCUUGUGCAAAAGCUUUAAACUACGCCGCACGACGAUGCCCCAAAACCACCACCCAAAAAUUACUGGACGCAGGAGCCAAACCAGACAACGAUAAAGCGGGUGCCCCUCUGUGCGCAGCAGCAGCCAGAGGCCGACGAGACUUGAUUCAACUCCUUUUACGACAUGGCUUCAACCCGAGCAUAAGAGACGAGGCGGAGAGAGCCCCCCUGCACUAUGCAACUGCCCAAAACCAUCCGCAAAUCGUCGAGGCUCUCCUCGAUGCAGGAGCCGAUCAAGAUGUGCAAUGUGGACAUGGGUAUUCAGCGCCCAUAUGGGCCAUCAGAGCCGGGAAUGUCCAGAUCCUGACUCAAUUCCUUAACCGGGGUCCCGCGAUAGUCUUUCCAUGGUGGCACCAAGUCACCCCACUCGGCUGGGCCGCGGACCUGGGCCGCACCUCGGUGGUGCGACUUCUUCUCAAAAGGGGGCAUCCCGUUGAUGGGACCGACAUUGAUAGCGACGGAACCCCGCUGGCGUGGACGGCUCGCCGCGGCCAUGCGAAGACGGUGCGGAUGCUUGUCGCGGCGGGCGCGGAUAUCGAGGCAGGUAACGAGCGCCACGAGAGGGUUCUGCAUUUUGCCGCGAACGGUGGGAACCGCCGCGUCGUGUCGUUUCUGCUGGACAAAGGUGCCAACCCGAACGUUCCGGAUGAUCGGCAGCGCACGGCGUUGUCGUGGGCGUGUUCUGCGUGGGUCCGCAACGAGGAGGUAAUCACGGAGCUUGUGACGCGGGGCGCUGAGACGGAAUGGAAAAACACUGAGAACGGUCGCACGCCGCUGGCCACUGCUGCGGGAUUGGGCUUUGACACAGCUAUCAAACCUUUGCUCGACGCUGGCGCCGAUCCCACUGCCACCGACAAUUACGGGUGCCCUCCCCUUGUGAUUGCUGCGAGAGCUGGCCAUGCGAAGACUGUCAUGGCUCUGCUCGACCAUGCCCCGGCUGUGGACUCCGACGACUCAGAAAAUCAAGAUACGUCCCCAUCACAACAAAAUUUCCCCUGCCGCCGAUACAUCGACGUCCCGGACCGACGCAACUGCACGGCCCUUUUCGCUGCGACCAUGCUCGGAUACGAACAAAUCGUGCGCAUCCUUCUCAGCCGGGGCAGCACUGCGAUCGAGACUCCCACCUGUACGGGUCGCACACCACUCUCGGUGGCCAGCCAGUUCAAACAAGAUGUCCUCGCCACCGGGGACGAGAGCAUGGAAAACAUCUGGGCAUUGCUCAACGGCACGUUCGAGGGCGAUACCGAGCCUGACAUGAGAAGAGUAGAGGCAGCCUCCAAGGAGGCCAAGGCGUACGACGCGGGCCCGGAUAUCGAGUGUGAUAGCUGCCAGGGGGGUGUUGCGGCACAUGACAUCCAUUUCCAUUGUGAUCUGUGUUUGGAUGGUGAUUUCGAUAUGUGUCUGGAAUGCCUCCUCAGUAGUGCCAACUGCUACGAUGUAACUCAUGUUCUGCACAAGAUGGGCAUGGUGAAGGGAAGGCAAAGGAGAAUCUCCGAUGAACUGAUCUAUCAGGGUACUACGACGGUGCCUGUCACUUAG